AUGUACGCAUCCGUGCGCAAGUUCGCGCGGACCACUUGUCGACGCCACAUAACCCUGGAGCUCCCGCAAGAGACUCUCGCCCGUGCACGUCGUGCGCAGGCAGCACAAAAGUCGACCAAGGGCAUCCGCAAAGCACCACACCGUGACGCUGGACCGCGCAUUGUGAAGUACAGAACCUGGAAGACUUACAAGUAUCACGCGCUCGGUCACCAUCCGAGUUAUGUGGAGCGCUCGGGGACCACAGACAACCACAACACACUAGUGCGACAGGGCGAAUUGGAACAUCGACACGCCAAACGUGUGUACGCUCGCACAAACAAACAUCAUUUCGAGAAACAGAUCGGCAUUCAUCAGCGCCGCCAGGCGCUGCUCCGAGGCAUCCCCGCACAGAGCCGCGCGCAGGCGACUGCGGCCGCACACCAACCUCGACUUGCGGACAUGGGUAUGCGCUAUGAUAUGGGGCAAUCUCAACGUGACCCCGUGGACCUGUAUGAAUGGCUGGCUGACAACGACGGUGAUGUCGCGCUCAAGGACUUCCUGCCGUCGCUGCGACGGCAUAUCCUCGCCAGGUUGACCGGCAAGGAUGAGAAUUCAAUACCAGACGCUUGGACGAACUCCCUCGACAUCAAGGACGACCGUAUUUACUCGCACAAGGUCGUGUGCUUCAACUACCCAACAUACGACAUGCGCCGCGCGCAGGACUCAUUAAACCCCCGCACGCACGCCGACAUCAUCCUUCUCGCCGAGGACAACCACACUGACGACUUUCCAUACUGGUACGCUCGCGUCGUGGGAGUCUACCACGCAAACGUGCGAUUCAGGGGUCCCGGUUCGACGAGCCGAGCAUGGCGCCAGAUGGAUUUCCUCUGGGUGCGCUGGUUUGCGCGCGACCCUACUUACAGCGCCGGAUUCCAACACCGUCAGAUACCCCGUUUGGCCUUCGUUGCCGACGACGAUCCGGAUCUCAAUGCGUUCGGAUUCGUCGAUCCCGCAGAUGUGCUACGAGGCGCCCACAUCAUGCCCAGCUUCGACUCGGGAACCACGGACGACUACCUCCCAUCUGACUCCGUCGCACGCCAGAACUCGGAAGAUGAAGACUACGUGUAUUACUUCGUGUCCAUGUUCGUUGAUCGUGAUAUGUUCAUGCGCCAUCUCGGCGGUGGUGUCGGCCACCGC